UGGCCGCCUUUUCGACGAUAUUUUUUCGGAGCCAAAACUCGGAUUUUUAUCAGUCUUGUACUGGGACGGUAUUUUUCGCGCUCUAAACACACCAUCGUUGGAAUUUCGUGUCCAAUCUAAUACUUGGUACCGUUUUCUCYUUCCCUGUAGUGAUCACUGAGAUCAGUCGUGCUUAGUGCUUACACACGCUCACAUAUUUCGCGCUCCCUCUCAUACAUCCACAUCCGUCAGUAUUAUGAUGGCAGAGAAUUUAGAUACACUUGUGACCAGCAGCAGUAACAACAAGAGUUUUGCCGGCCAAACGUCCGAAAAAAACAUCCCAAUGAAGGAUGAGUCAUUCAGGAAGUUGCGCGAGACGUUUGUCAUCCAAAGCAAAAUUGGUGCCGGCACGUUCAGCAAGGUGUAUUUAGCCUAUGCCAGAGGCGAUGCCGAGAAGAAGCGGUAUGCCAUCAAGCAUAUAAAGCAAACUACACACCCAGAGAAGUUACGCCGCGAAAUUUUUUGUCUACUAAAGAUCGGUGGCCAAGAUAAUGUUAUGGGAUUAGUAACCUCAUUACGAAUUGGAAGUUCUGUUUGCUUGGUAAUGCCUUAUAUCAAGCACGACCAUCCAUUGUCCUAUCUAUGUACAAUGGAUGCUAACGAGGUGCGACUUUACAUUAAAAACCUGUUAAUUGCAUUAAAAAGGAUACAUUCUUUUAAUAUUGUUCACAGAGAUGUUAAGCCUAGCAAUUUUUUAUAUAACCGUUCAACUUCAACUUUCAUGCUCACUGAUUUUGGACUUGCUCAUCCUAAUAUUAACCCUACUAGACGUAAGGAAAUAAAAAAUUUACUUGAUGAUAAUUGUGAUUCAUCAUCAUACAAACAAAAAAGUUCAAGCUGUGACCUUAAGGUUAACCAUAAACGAUCUAGUUCAGUAGGAACCAUACGAUUAAGUUCAUAUCAAAAACGUAUCCUUCAAAACAUAGCAGAUGACACCAAUUCUAUACCUCAUGGAUGUAAUUUAAGGAAAAGAACCAAACUAAUGAUGCCUAAAGAGCCAUUAUUAAAGGAAAAUUCACCCAUAAAAAAACAACUAGAUGUUCCUAAGAAUAAUACUCCUAGUAAUCCAAAUACCAUGAAUAGUUUAUUCCAUGAGAAACAUAGUUUUGCUGUUCCUAAAGUGCAACGCCUUACAUGUGAUUGCGUAGGAAAAUUAAAGGUUUGUAAUGUUUGCAUUAAAAGACCAGAAAUGAAAGCUCCUCGAGCAGGAACACCUGGGUUUCGAGCUCCUGAAGUACUUUUAAAAUACAAAUAUCAAAAUACUGCUAUUGAUAUCUGGUCAGUUGGAGUCAUUAUGUUGGAAGCUAUGAGUCGGUGUUUCCCUUUCUUUAGUGCAGAGAAUGAUUCUACAUGCUUGGCUGAAAUGAUAACUGUUUUUGGGGAUAGGGCAAUUAAAAAUCUAGCCAAAAUGUUAGGUCGCAAUGUCAUUUGUGAAGUUCAAAAACCUCCUCUUGAUCUUCGGGCAAUUUGUCGUCUUUUAUGCCACCGAUCAAAUGUACAGACCUUAAAUCCAACUGCUGUUUCUUCAAGUGAUGGUUUGGAAACCUGUAAUUUUUGUACAAAACCAAUACAACUAUCCGGCUGUGAAGUUUUUUCAGAUAGUUGUAGCUGUUAUUUAAACGUUGCAGAUGAUUUUCCUUAUCCUGCGUAUGAUCUCUUAAAAAAAUUGUUAUGUUUGAAUCCAGUGACUCGAAUAACAGCAGAUAUUGCWUUGAAACAUCCAUUCUUUAAAAUGAAUGAAAAAAAAAUUUAAAUUCAUGAAUAAUUUAUGGUUUUAAUUCUGUUAUUUAUUUAUAAAAAUUUUUAAUUUUCAUUUGUAUAUUUUUUACUGCACUUUUUGCAAGAUGUUAAUUAUUCAACUGCACUUUAUUAUCUAUUACCAUCUAKUAAUUAGAUUCAUAUGAACAAAUUUUGAAAAAAAUUGAAUUUAUGUUGUAUAAUUAUUAUUUUUUUUGUUAAUGCCCAACUUUUCAUUUUUAAUUGUGUUAAAAUUUAAUCUGAAACAAUUUUGAACGAGGUAUGUGUAGUUUUUCUAAUGUAUUUAUGUCAGUGUUUAAUGCUAAGAAUUAGAUUUAAAAAAAAACCUAGUCACACUUUAUUAUUUAUUAAU